AUUACGAUGAUGCUCGCCCUAGUAGUAAUACCCUAGGAUCCCCGCAUGGAGGCGCAUGGAUGUGUUGCGGGGAAAUGCUAUCUCAUGAGGAUGCAAUUUAGUCCUGGGCGGCGGAUGCUCAAUCGAAAAAACACACAGCCGCUUUACAUUUUCUCGUGUGUAUGUUGUCUUCAACAAUGCCUAUCUUUAAGAGCAAACACCCUAAUAUCUCAUUUCCUGACGAUGUCACGAUCUGGGAAUGGCUGCUCGAGGAGAGCUCAGAAUACUGUCCCUUAACGAAGUAUCCGGAGAAUAAACUUGCUGGUUUUGUUGAUGCGAUUACCAAAGAGAGGGUAUCGUGGAAAGACGUCAAAGCGGCAGCAACGUUUAUUUCGACCUCCCUCACUCGAGACUACGGCUUGCAAGAGGGCGACACGGUGUCUCUAUUCAGUCGAAAUACAAUAUGGUACCCCGUAAUGCUAUUUGCGGCUAUGCGUGUCGGUGGUGUGGUAUCCGGUGCAUCACCGGCCUAUAACGUCGACGAAAUGACAUAUGCGCUUCGCACUGCCAAUGCUAAGUUCAUAGCGACACAUCCUACAUCUAUCGACAUUGCGCUCCAAUCCGCUAAGAAUGUUGGUAUCCCAAAGAAGCAUAUCUUCCUCCUGGAAGGUCAAUUGGAAGGAUAUACCACAAUCAAGGAGCUUAUCGCAAGGGGGGAAAGAUACGGGGACCAUGACCAAGCUCCAUAUGCUAAGUUACCACGGGGCAAGAAGAACGGCAGUGUAUGCGCACUUCUCAGCUUCUCGUCUGGCACGACGGGGCUGCCGAAAGCUGUCAUGAUAUCCCAUCAAAAUGUCAUUGCACAAGCUCUACAAAUCAUACCUAUCACGCCGGCGGAUCAUAAAAAGGUAUUGGGCGUAUUGCCCAUGUUUCACAUCACUGGCCUCGUUCAUAGCAUGCACUUACCAUUAGUGAUCAACGCCGAGGUUAUCAUGGUUCCUGCUUUCAGCAUGGAGACGAUGCUGAAAACGAUUGUCGAAUACCAGAUUCCCGAGAUCCUCGUCGUACCGCCCAUUCUCAUACGCCUUGCUCGAGAUCCCCUUGUUGAUAAGUAUGACCUACGCUGCGUGAAGAGAUUAUCAAGUGGCGCCGCGCCAGUCUCUGAGGAGAUACUACAACUUUUGCAAAAGAAGCUCCCGCGCAGCGGAUUCAAGCAGGGCUAUGGUAUGACAGAGUCCUGCUCCUGCAUCACAGCUCACCCUCUUUGGGCAUACGAUUACCGCCAUGCCCAUAAAGUGGGCACGAUUGUGGCGAGCACUGAGGUUAAGGUCAUUAAAGAGGAUGGGACCGAGGCUGGUGUGGGGGAGUCCGGCGAGAUAUUGGCGCGGGGCCCUCAAAUAACUAUUGGGUAUUUGAAUAAUGAGAAGGCAACAUGUGAGACGUUUGAUACUGAUGGAUUCUUACACACGGGCGACCAGGGCUUCGUCGAUACUGAAGGGUUUAUCACCAUUACCGAUCGUAUCAAGGAGCUAAUCAAGGUAAAGGGGAUCGGUGUUGCCCCAGCCGAACUUGAGGAUCUGCUACUUGGCCAUCCAACAGUGGAGGAUUGUGCUGUUCUGGCAAUCCUAGAUGAUCGCACAGGCGAACGGCCGAAGGCAUUCGUGGUAGUCAAGAAAGGUCAUAGAGCUGACCACGCUACCGGACUCGAACUCAUCGCUUACGUAGAGAAGCACAAGACGCGACAUAAGUGAGUUAAGGAGAUUGAGUUCAUAGGGGAGAUACCGAAAAGUCCAAGUGGCAAGAUUCUACGGCGAGUAUUGCGGGAAAGAACAAAACGAGGCGUGAAGGGUGUUGUCGUAAAGGCACAAACCACACAAGCGAGGCUAUAAGGCUUCAUGUUACCCAGAUAUGCGUUUAAUGGGUAUAAUAUAAUUCAAUGCAACUUAUCCCUUC